CAUCCUCAGUUGCUUUAGCUAUGCAAUCUACAACCACAUACUUGUGUUGUGAAAUUCACUUAACUUAGUACUCCGGCCAAUGCAUUUCGUUAUCUGUUGAAGGCUUGAAGCACUUGUCAGAGCCAUUAAAAUCCUGCUGCUUUUGCCUGGGUGUCUAAGCCACAGAAAGUAAGAGGGUCCAAUUUACAACGCUUUUCUCACUGUUAAACAAAGAUGCCUCCUAAAAGAAGAGGAGAGAUAGAGGUGACUACAGAGGAGAGAGUGAACUCAUCGCCUCCAACUUGUUUUCAAUCUUCUUCUCCCUCGAGUUGCAAACCUGCUCUUGGACCUCAGAUCAAUCUAACAAGACAGAAAUCAUAUUCCUUUGAGGGGUCAAGCUUUCAUCAGCUGCAGCCUAUAUGUAAUUCUAACUCCAGCAAUCAACUCUCUGCACUGCCUUUCUCUCAUAGAAUAAAUCUUAGCACUUCAAUUCCAGGACCCAGUAUUGGAGCCAUGCCAAUGGAAGAAGACAUUUGUCUGGAUGCUGCGGGAUUAAGUACUCAAACACCUAGUGGAUCACAAAUUGAAUGUGCAACACCCAAUAGAGAAUUGUCAUAUCUAAUUCUUUGUGACGGAAAAAAAAGAAAUGACAACCACGCCUUGUGUCUAGCUGCACUUAAGGGUGACUGGAAAACUGCAAAGAGCUUCAUCGAUAAAGAUCGGAGCAUGCUCUAUGCUAGAUUGACAAAAUCAUGGGACAGACUGAUUCACAUAGCAGUUCAUUCAAAAUGCAUAUAUUUUAUAAAAGAACUGGUGGAAUAUGGGACUGUGGAAGAUCUUGCUAUAGAAAAUCUAAAUAAAGACACAGGCCUUAGUAUUGCUGCUGUAUCUGGAAUGGUCGAAGUUGCGAAAUUAAUGAUAGAAAAGAAUAAUAAACUAACAAUGAAACGUGGUACUAGGGAAUUAAUACCUUUUGGCAUGGCAGCUGAAGUUGGACACAAAGAAAUGGCCGAAUAUCUCUACUCGAAAACUGAAUUCGACUGUCUAGAUCAUUCUGGACGCAUUAGGCUUUUUUUUAUUACCCUUUCCAGCAAUCUGUAUGGUUUAGCAUUGGAGAUACUGACUAGAUAUCCAACAAUGGCUUGUGAACGAGACGAGAAUAAUGAUGGGAAAACAGCUUUGCAUGUGUUGGCUCAAAAGGCUACAGACAUUGCCGGCGGCAGUCUGCUAAAGAUCGUGGCACGAUACACCAGCUUAUACUUCAAAAACUUCUACAAGCAAGCAUCAAUGCCAAUAUUGGAUCGUGAUUUAAUUGAAAGAAUUUGGGAGCAAGUUCUACAGCGAUCAGAUGAGGAAAUUUCGGACCUGAUAAGAAGGCCUUCAGGAGUACUUUUCGACGCUGCAUUGUCAGGAAAUGUUGAGUUUUUAGCUUUGCUUCUUUGCAAGUAUCCUGAUCUUUUAUGGGAAGUUAAUGAAAAAGAGCAAAGUGUAUUUCAUGUUGCUGUUAUGCAUCGUCACGUUCAUGUGUUUAAUUUAAUAUAUAACAUAGGAGCAGCUAAGGAUUACAUAGUUGGAAAUGUUGAUGUUGACAAAAACAACAUGUUGCACUUAGCUGGAAUGUUGCCACUCGCGGAAAGACUUGGUGCCCCACGAGCAAACCUUCAGAUGCAACGAGAGCUAUUGUGGUUUAAGGAAGUGGAAAAGAUUGUCCGACCAUUUCAUAUGUAUAUGAAAAAUUCUGAGGGAAUGACACCCAUAGAAGUAUUCAAUAAGGAUCAUAAAGAAUUACUUAAAGUAGGUGAAGAAGCAAUGAAGGAGACAGCCAAUUCAUGUAUGCUUGUAGCAACUCUCAUUUCUACAGUGGUCUUCGCUGCAGCUCUCACUGUUCCUGGUGCUAGCAAUAAGAUAUUAAAUACUCCUUUUUUUGGCAAAGAGGAGUGGUUUAUGAUUUUUAUCCUUUCAAAUGCAAUUUCACUCUUUGCCUCUGCAGCAUCAAUAGUGUUGCUACUAUCCAUUCUCACAUCAAGAUAUGCACAAAAUGAUUUUAUGUAUUCAUUGCAUGCAAGGUUGAUGUUCGGGCUCACAACACUCUUCAUCUCCAUAACAACCAUGGUAAUGGCCUUUAUCGCUGCCAUCUUUUUGAUCUUUGACUACAAGAUGGAAUGGGUUCCAUAUGUCAUUGCUUCACUUGCUUGUGCUCCUGUUGUUUUAUUUCUUGUGUUACAUUCUAAUCUUUGGGCUGAUUUGAUCCACUCUUAUUACUGGUCUAAGUUUUUAUUCCGGCCAAGCAAGUAUCGAAUUUUUUAGUGAGAAUUUUGAAUUGUAAAAGCACUUUAGUACUGAUCAGUAUAUUUUAUGAUUUCCAGUUGUACUUAAAGACCCCAUUAGUUGUAACCUGUUUUGAGCAAUAUGCAUGGACCACGUGAAUUUCUUUCCUCUA